AUGAGCAAAGCCAGUGACAUAUCUGCGGCAAUCCCAGCAACAGAUGCUGAAUGCACUCUGGUGCACAACACAUUUCUUAACGCUACCUUGCCUAUAUGUGGCCUUCCUACUCACACAGUGCGAAAGGCAAGACGCUCGCAGCGAGCCCUUCAGUGGUUUGAUUCAGAAGACGUAAAGGCGCUGCGUCAACAAAAAAAUGAACGGACUUGCGCAGUCAAGUGCACAUCUCACAAAGAACGCGAUGGGGAAUUCCAGACAAAGGAACUCGGGCAGUGUCGGGAAACCCCCAAGCCAAUUCUCAGGAAUAAAACGCCAGUCGUGGCAAUUGAUGGACUCAUGAGCAAAGUGAGCAUGCGGCACCAUUUGCUCGUCGUGACGGGGCCCUCCUGUGGGGCUGGCAACAUCCAAGCAUUUGCCGAUCAACUGAAGCUAAGUAUCCAGAUUCCACACAAUAGCUCGAAGAUGCAGUACAGAAUCCUAGCUGGUAUCAGAGGGGCUGCUGAUGCGCAGUCAGACAAAUAUCAGAGUUCACAGAGUUAUUCCAGGCAUUCCUUCAGGCUAAAGAAACUCUAA